AUGGGAGCGAACAAUAGCACGCGCCGGGUGUCCUUUGAGUCGGAUGAAAAUGACAACAUCACAGUUGUGAAGGGCAUAAGGGUGAGUGCUGAAAGGAUAACAACAAUUAAGUAUUGAAGCGAGUUGAAAAUGAUAGGAACUACUGUUGACUGCAUUAUUAUAUCCUUAUUACCAAACAAAUAGGCAAUGUUAUGCCAGAGUAACGUUUGUUAUGGUAGCUAGCAUAACUAGGCUAGCUAGCUAACUUGCUGUCAGUUUGAUACUGACGUUUAUGCAAUGGCCUCGCGUGGUCUAAAUUAUGAAUGAAUAGAUACAGCUAGGCCUAGUUCGUAGUAAUUACAUUGUGUAUAAUAGAUCAUACUUUUAUUUUAUGACCUUGUAAUUAACAUUACAGUUUAGUCCAUUUUGCACCAUUAAAUCCAUGUCAUGUAAAACACGUGUCGUCUACUUUCCCUCUGACGUGUAAGCUUAUAAGUGGUUUAACUGUUGCAGAUGGUCCCUGCGUGCCAAUUGAAGUUAAAUAUAGGUUGAGGCUUUAGUUUAGUUUCAAGUUAAGACUAGUUGGCACGAAAAUGCCCAUUGUGAAGCACCUUGUUGCUAGAAGACUCAAGCCAAUGUUUCUUGUUUACAUAGAAGAAUCAGCUGGUGUGUGGUUCUAUAUCGUGGAGCUCUGCUCCUAGUGGUUUACCCUCUGCCCUAAGGCAGCAACAGCCUGAGACAAAAUUAUGCACACACCUGCAGCCAAUAGGAGCACAGGUGUCCCUAUAAGAGGGGAUGCCUCCCCUCAAUCAGCCUCCCUUUUUCUUCAGCGACUGGAUGACUAGACUGAAGAGCCAAGAAGAGACAAAGCACGAAGACUCAGGACGAAAAACGCCGUUGAUAUUCCAGUCAUCAACGUCGUCUAAAUGAGCACACCGGGAGAUUUUCCACCCCCAAAAGCUCUUUUCAGAGCUCAGUGCAGAUGCACUUCCAUGGCGGCCGGUGACCACCACGACCUGUGUUUCGUGUGUUUGGGAUCCCAGCAUGCCAAGGAAGGCGUCUGCAGUCCCCCGAAUUGCGCCUCCUGCGCCCUCCUUUCUUUAAAGGAGAGGAAGCAGCGUUGGGUGUUUUUCAGGGAGGACAUCCCCCUUGAGGACGUGCUGUCGAUACUAGCCUCUGCUUCAGAGGCGUCGUCCGACGGUGCAGACUCGGGGGAAGAUAGGGACUUUGAGGAGGGGUCUGGCAUUCCAAUGGAACAGUCGGACCCCAUCCCUCAUAUUUUCAAGCCCCCCUUUCCUUUGGAGAGCGAGAGGGCUUGUAGUCCCUAUAGCGAAGGGGAUACGAGCUCUGAGAGAUCAGAAGCUCUCUCUUUCGCUGCAGCCUCUCUGAGAGCGGAUUUUCCGGGUCUCAUUGAGAGAGCUGCGCAACGUCUGGAGAUAGGGCUGCCCCCUCUUCCCUCCGCACCGGAGGUUGAUAUGAUGGAGGGCGGUCCUUAUUCCAGGCCAAGGAAGGCGGCAGAGCCAGUGGCUCCUGCCAUGCCUUCUUUGGCUAGGUACGUUGAGGGCUCGUGGGAGGCACCUUUAGCGGGAGGCACCUUUAACCUCUCUUCCUUACCACUCUAAGUGCCGUUCAGCCCACCGAGGGUGCGUUGCUGAACAGGCACUUAGAGUAGGUAUCCAUAAGACCUCAAUCAGGUCGUCACAUCACACUUCACGUAUAAGAAGUGCUUUACAUAGAAGGCAGCAGUCCCGGUCAGAUUCUGACAUGAGGACGCAGCCGCUAUUUGGGGAUGGCGCACUAGCACAGACUAAGGUCUCCGCUAGUACGAGCCAGACCCAUGCUUCGUUCACGGAGGGCCCGAUUACCCCGGUCACGAAGGUGUCCAGAGUAUCGGCGCCCCCAGGCAUUGUAACACAGCACCUAUCUGGGGACGGCGCAUUAUCGUAGACCAAGGUCUCGGCUAAUGCGAUUCAGACCCAUGCUACGUUCACGGAGGGCCGGAUUACUAGGGUUAUGGGUAUAACCAAAGUAUCAGCUCCCCUGACAGAACGAGCCAGUACUCACCACACUGAGCGUGAAUCAACCCACCAGGGGUGCAGAGUUGAACACACACAGAAGGUGAAAGUUAAGAAGGUAUCAAGGCGCCGCCUUGUUUUACCUCAUUGAGACCUCAUACUACAGACUUCUAGGAGUACUGUAGUGAAGGGCUCUGAUAGCGAAUUGCAGUCACCUAAGAUGACGCAAUCGCUUGCUGGGGAUGGUGCCCUGCCGCAGGCUGUGACCUCGGUCAGCGCAAUUCAGACCCGCGAUGCGUUCAAGGAGGGCAGGAAUACGACGGUUACGGGUUUAAACGACGUCCCUGCUCCUCUUUCUUUCUCAGAACGCAUUGAUGGUUCCUCUCCCUUUCACGGGAGGCCCACCUUGGGCUGUUCCACUACUUCAAUGUUGGGGAACAGUGGCGGUAAGGGCCAUAGAGGAAUACAGGUCCUUCCUACUGGAUGCACCACAGCUUCGUGCUCAGCCACUUUCUCUGCAUUGCUGGCAGUGGCGAAGAAGCUGCACCCUCUCACGCUGGCUAGAACAGACGUUGCAGAAGGGUUAUGCCCUCCAAUUCCACCGGACCCCACCCCCGUUCAGGGGAGUGGUGGAGACGGUGAUGAAAACGCCAGACAAAGUGGCCGCUCUGAUGACAGAGAUUACGGAACUUUUGGCGAAGGAGGCGGUGACAGUAGUUACCCGGGAGCAAAGGAACAAAGGGCUAUAUUCGCCUUAUUUCCUAGUGCCCAAAAAGACUGGGGGAGUGAGGCCGAUUUUUGGACUUACGCAUUCUCAACGAGAGCAUAACCAAACGGCCCUUCCGAAUGCUAACGACAAAACGUCUGCUGGAAUGUGUCCAGAGUGGAGACUUUUGUACGAGCAUAGACCUAAAGGACGCGUACUUUCAUGUGCCGGUUCAGCUGCGUCACAGGAAGUUUCUGCGGUUCGCAUUUCAAGGGGUGGCGUACGAAUACACGAGGAUGCCAUUUGGGUAUGCCCUGGCACCUCGCACAUUUUCCAAGUGUGUGGAGGCGGCAUUGGAACCGUUGCGUCAUCAGGGAAUACGGCUACUAGCCUACCUGGACGAUCUACUGGUUCUCGCCCCGUCAGCAGAGCUGGCGAUCACUCACACAACACAGACAGUGAUGCAUCUCACAAGUCUGGGGUUUGCUGUGAAUUGGAAAAAGAGCGCGCCCUGGCCCACUCAUCAGAUUGUCUACCUGGGGAUACAGCUAGACACUGGGAGGAUGAGGGCUCGAAUUUCGGACCCCCGAAGGGUAGCCUUGUUGCUAGCCCUGAGGAAGUGUCGUCCGAAUCACACGGUGACGGCGCUGUCGAUCAUGUCACUUUUGGGUCUCAUGUCGUCAGCCCACUCUGUGGUUCCGCUGGGACUCCUGCAUAUGCGCAGGAUGCAGUGAUGGUUCGCCCAACUAAGACUAGACCCAUUGCGUCAACGUCAUCGGUUGGUGGUGGUUCCCCUCUCGCUCAGUGCAGAUCUGAACUAUUGGAGAAACCCGCGCGUUCUCACGCACGGAGUCCCGAUAGGAAAGGUGUCCUCUCACAUCCCAGUAUUCACGGAUGCGUCCCUGACGGGAUGGGGAGGGACAUGUCAGACCCAAGCGAUAGGAGGUGUGUGGGCUCAAUCAGGUCGUCAUAUCAACCUCUUGGAGUUGGAAACGGUUCGACUGGUUCUGACCCACUUUGCGUCUACCCUUCGGGGUCGCGAUGUUCUGGUCUGGUCAGACAACCGUCCAUAGCUCACAUAAAUCGCCAGGGAGGAGUCAGGUCUCCUGCUCUCCAUCGGGCGGCAGAGGAAUUGUGGCUGUGGGCUCACGAGCACCUUCGCUCAUUGAGAGCAGCACACAUUCCGGGCUACUUGAACGUAGGAGCAGACCUCAUGUCAAGAGGGGGUCCUCGAGACGACGAGUGGUGUCUGCAUCCGGACAUUGUUCUCCAGAUUUGGGAACAAUUCGGGAGAGCCGAGGUGGACCUAUUCGCGUCACGCGUGAAUGCGCAAUGUCCUCUGUGGUUCUCUCUGAGGGAACAGGACGAACCGCCACUGGGAAGGGACGCCUUUGCGCACCAACCGUGGCCGAGAGUUCUCCUGUAUGCAUUCCCUCCGCUGUCCUGCAUUCUCCCACUGCUAGCCAGGGUGAGGUCAGGGGGGCUGUCAGUGAUACUGAUAGCGCCCGAUCGCCCGGGGGCUCCUUGGUUUGCGGAGAUGAGUCAGAUGUUGAUUGCGCCACCUUGGCCAAUUCCACAUCGACGGGACGCGUUUUCUCAGGCGGAAGGCACGAUAGGGAAGUUGCCCAUAAUCGGCCAACCACUGAAGGCCUGGCUGCUGAGAGGGACAGGCUAGAGCGCCGUGGGUUAUCUGAUGCAGUGAUCAGGACCAUACAGGGUUCACGUGCCAGUUCCACUUCUAAGAUGUAUGCCAGUAGAUGGAACGUUUUUUCACGAUGGUGUGUUACACAAGGUGUAGACCCCAUGAGCUGUCAGGUGGAGAGUAUUCUCUCUUUUCUACAGCUCAUGUUUGAUAAGCAAAAAUCGCCUGCCACUAUUAGGGUGUUUGCAGCAGCGAUUUCAGCUUGUCAUGAGGGGUUUGGCAGAGACAAUGUCUUUAGCCACCCUCUAGUGAAACGCUUCCUAUUAGGAACGCGGCGACUUAGGCCAACACCUAGAGUCACGCUUCCUCAGUGGGAUUUGGCUUUGGUACUCGAAGCGCUAUGUAAGUCGCCGUUCGAGCCAUUGAAUCAAAUACCCCUCAAGAUGCUGUCUAUUAAGACAGCACUGUUGCUCGCUUUGACUACAGCUAAGCGGGUCAGUGAUUUGUGUGCUCUUUCGACGAGACCUGACUGCUUGGCCAUCAAUGGUGACCUGAGCAGAGCAGUGUUACGUCCUAACCCGGCAUUUGUGCCGAAGGUUAUUAAGAGUUCAUAUAGGUCACAGACCGUGGAGCUGUGGGCUUUUUCUCCUCCUCCUCAUAGAGAAAGGAGUGAGGAGAAGCUCCAUCGCCUGUGCCCGGUACGCGCUUUGGCGUGUUACGUUGAGCGCACAGCAGCGAUUAGGUCAUCGCCUCAGUUGUUUGUGUGUCACGGUGCGGCUGCACUAGGUAGACCACUUUCAAAACAGCGGUUGUCUCACUGGCUUUGUGAAAUCAUUGAGACAGCUUAUGAGGCAGCGGGGCGGCAAUUGCCUCAGGGUAUCAGAGCUCACUCCACUCGUGGGGUAGCGCCUUCUACUGCCCUUUUCAGAGGAACAGGGGUAGAGGAUAUCUGUAGAGCAGCAUCAUGGUCGACGCCGUCUCCAUUUAUCCGUUUCUAUCUCUUAGAUAUGUCUUCUAACUCUCUGGCUCGAUCUGUACUCAGCGUGGCUGAAGGGAGAUCUUGAGCAAGAAAAGAGAGGAGAAGCAGGACUGUGGACACAGGUUUCCAUCAGGUCCGCUUUGGUUAGGAAGACGUGUUUUUGGACAGAUGUGUUUUCUAACUCUUUGGCUCGGUCUGUACUCAGCAUAGCUGAAGGGAGAUCUUGAGCUAGGAAGAGAGGAAAAAGCAGGACUAUGGACAAGGUUUCCAUCAGGUCCGCUUUGGAGAAAAAAAACAUAUUUUGUAGCAUGACUCCUGACUGACAGGUUCAGUACAGUAGAAGCAUGCGUUGAUUGACAGAAUGUGAGGUCAUCUAUCUGCUUGUUCAGUUUAGUAUGACCCAUGUUUUGUUCCUGCACACUAAUCUCUGGGAUUCCAUUGAGUGAGUGAGGCGGUCUACCGCGUUCACAAAUGUAGAGUGACAUUUGGUGUCAUUCCAUUAGUGGUUGGUAGUGUUUUCACAGGAUAUUGAGGCACAUCUAUCUGCUAGUACAGAUUAGUAUGGCUUCUAUUCUGGUGAUCUGCCCACUAGUCAUUGGCAUUGCCAUUGGACUAGGUGGGGCGGGUCUUUAACCGAUGACGCGGUAUAUUGUGACGCCCGUAGGGGUUUUUAGUUGCAGUACUGCGGGACUUGGUUGCAGCCAUUGCCAGGCCUGACCUUUUCGUUUCGAUGGGAAGUGUUAGGCUCGGCAGGGAGUACAUUUUGGAGCGCUACGCUCCGCCUUAAACCACUAGGAGCAGAGCUCCCCUAUGGGGCGGAGCUCCACGAUAUAGAACGAUUAGUUACCGGAGUGUAACUCCAGUUCUAUGAGUGGAGCGGAGCCCCAUAGGACUUAAGGCCCUGCCGACCCUCUCUAGUCUCGCUGAAGAUAAAUAUCUCGGGAGGCUGAUUGAGGGGAGGCAUCCCCUCUUAUAGGGACACCUGUGCUCCUAUUGGCUGCAGGUGUGUGCAUAAUUUUGUCUCAGGCUGUUGCUGCCUUAGGGCAGAGGGUAAACCACUAGGAGCAGAGCUCCCCUAUGGGGCUCCGCUCCACUCAUAGAACUGGAGUUACACUCCGGUAACUAAUCGUUGUUUUCCUUCUGAAUUCUUGCCACGUGUGUUUGUACAGAUCAAUAAACAAAACACACCUUGCAGUUGUAGCUAGUACACCCACAUAGCACAGCCAGUGUUAUACAUUGGACGUAUGUAAUAUAGCCUAGGCCUAGAGCAUGAAAACUCUAGGCAGCAUUCUGCCUUCGCUCUACAGUUUUCAGCCAUAAGCUUCGCCCACCACUACCUGAUGUAAACUACAAUCAAGACGCUGUUUUAACAUUUAGAAACGUCAAUAAUCAUUGCUUGUGAUACGGCUUUAGAAACAUAUGUCCCUUAUCUUUUAUCAGCGAUAAAGAAUCCGUCAAAUAAAAAAUAUACACUUACUGUAGCAGUUACAGAUCCAUACAGCUAUGGGUGCCGCCAUCCGACGAAACUACACUUAUUGAGUUAUGCUUACACACAGGUGUUUAGCGCAUGCUAGAUAGCUAAUUAGCACAGGUGGUCGGUAAACAAGCGCUGUAACAUGGAGAUAUGGCCGUGUGGGAACCCUAACCAUAUGAAGGUGUGUCAAUUUAAGCUUCUGUUUUUUAAAAAUUAUUUAUUGCUGAUAUGAAAGAUAAGGUCAUUAUGCUUCCAAAACUGUACAGCAAGCAACGCGUGUUAAUGUUCAGAUUGAGCGCUGGGGCUCUUAACAAAACACCACCUACAGAAGAUUCCUUCAUCCAAUGACUCUUGUGUGUAAUGUAAUGGAACUGAGAGGCAUGAUCAAGUGCUAGCCUAGCUAAUGUUAUUGCUCAAGUGGGUCACCAUUGCAUUCUAUUCUGACUGUAUUUGAAAAGAUUAGGAUUGAUUGUGUUAAAAGAUGAGUUUGAUGAAAAUUGGGUAAUGUUUUGUAAUGGCAUGAGCUGUCACUUGUCCAAGGGAGCAAGGGAAGACUACUACACUAGAGACUCAGGCCAGAGUUUCCCCUUGGAUUUUUUUCAACAGGGGGUGGGGGACUAGCUUAUUAUUUUAUUUUUUUGCAGUGGUGUACACAAUUUAACAGCGGUGGUGUGCCACUCCUAAAUACAUAUAGGGAAAACACUGCUCAGGCUAUUGUGAUAGAGCUAGUGCACCUAGAGUUGAUUAAGUAGGCUAACAUUGGUUGAGGCUGAGCCUGAGACUUGAAAAGUAAAUUGUGAGAACUUGCCUUUCGACUUUGAGUGUAGUGCAGUUGAAGUGUUUAGUGUUGUUCAGAUCUGGUAUCCUUGUUAGUUGUGCUUUUUUUUUCUCCCGUUGGUUUUCUCUCACAUAUUGCUCUUCUCUCUCUUCUGCAGCUCUCUGAGAAUGUCAUCAACCGAAUGAGGGAGCCCAUAGCCCCCCUUCUUCCCCCCUCCCUUCCACAGGUCCCACCCACUGUUGCUGCUCCCUCCCCCCUCAUCAUUCCAGUGCCUCCCCUCAGACCCCCCUUCGAUCCCAUCACCUCGCUUCCACCCAGAGAACCCAUCGCACUACCACCACCACCUCCUGCACCUGUCACUGAAGUAGUGGCUCCACCCCCACCCCCCAUGGAACAGGUAGCAGCUCUGACCAUCAUUGACAUGGUGAUCCCGCCUCCUCCCCUAGCUGCUUUAAAGCCUGUGGCGCCCCCCCCGCCACCUGCAGCUGUUGAGCCGGUAACCCUCCCACUGCCGGUUCAACCCCUGGCCCCCAUCCCUGAUCCCACUCCUGUUCCCGCUCCUGUUGCUGUGGAACCCAUUACCAUCCCUGCACCACCUCCUCCUGUAAUCAAACCUGUUGCUGCUCCUCCUGUAAUCAAACCCGUUGCUGCUCCUCCUGUAAUCGAACCCAUUGCUGCUCCUCCUGUAAUCGAACCCAUUGCUGCUCCUCCUGUAAUCGAACCCAUUGCUGCUCCUCCUGUAAUCGAACCCAUUGCUGCUCCUCCUGUAAUCGAACCCAUUGCUUCUCCUCCUGUAAUCAAACCCAUUGCUGCUCCUCCUGUAAUUGAGCUUAUUGCACCUCCUCCCAUAAGUGAGGCCAUUGCACCCCCUCCCGUAAUUGAGCUUAUUGCACCUCCUCCCCUUUCCUCUGCAUUGGCGUCCAUCUCCUCCUCCCCUGCUGUUGAGUCUGCUCCUCCUCCAAUGGAAGCUUUCUCCCUGCAGCCUGCAGUCGAACCCAUCACUCCGCCUCCUCCCCCAGCUGAAUUCAUUGCUCCGCCCACUUGUGAACCCACUGCCCCUCCUCCUCAGCUCCCAGUGGAAGUUGUUGCCCCUCCUCCUCCCGCCCCAGAGCCAGAACCAGUGGCUGCAGCACCUCCACCACCAUCACCACCUGCAGGUGAGUUCUACUAUACUGUACAGCCAUAAAGGUUUACUUUCUGUGUUUACAAACAUUGCCGCACAAGGGAGAUGCGCGCAAGUUGGUGGCAGAACAAGGGGGAGUUCUUAUAGAACGGCAGCAAAAAAAUACUCUAUUUACAUGUUGCUUAUGAGUGCAUUUCACACUACUUUUGGAUUAUAAUUGGAUUUUAAGGCUCAUAUGAAUGUCCUGCCUACUAUAAUGUUUGUGUCAUCAUCGCAAAUCAACUGCAUUAUACUUAAAAAACACUUCAACCAGUAAAAUGGCUCUUUGGCUAGCUUUUGCUACAGCCUAUAUCAGUGAUUGUUAGCAUUCUAGCUAACAACUGCUGCAUCCAAAAAUAGUUAUUUUGUAAAGAUCACAAGCAAAUAUAAUCUUAGUGACUGUUCAAGCAAGAAUGAAAUCAUCAUUAUAAGAGUAUGAGAAGCCACUUUGUUUUGUUUAGAAGUAAUACAAACGUAAAUCAAGGCUAUGUUGAAUGGGCGCAGAUGUCGAAGGCUUUCUUACUGCUGCCAAGAGUUGCGCGCAUCUGUGCGUGACGUCAGUGUGUCGUGUACUGGAAAAGGGUCUAUAGCGUACAGCCAUAAGUGUCUCGGUGGCAGCAUGCUCACAUGACAUGCAUUCAUUCACACCAAUCAAACUGUCAAUGAGACUGUAAAAUAAUUUACUGGUUCAGUUGGAUUAUUGCACUGUGUGCUGGUAUUUGGCCACCUCGUAACUAAUUCAGAGGUGGUAAAUCGUACUGCUGCCUCCACUUCCUCUGAAAUUAGCUAAAGUGUUUUUGGCUUAAAUCGACAUGUUCACACAGUAGGUCACAGUCAUGACCCCAGGCAUCACACUGUUCAGUGGGUUAGAAGUCAAGCUUUUCGGUGAUCAUUUGUGAAUAUUGACCUUACUUUUAAGUCAGCCCACGCUUACAACACAAACAUUCCUUCCCCUCUGAUUGUAAUUAGUCUUAGUUCUCAGGAUCCUGCUCACAGUGGCCUCUGGUAUUAUGAUUCAUUGGCAUCGCCAAAGUGCUAAUGAAACCAUUAAUUCUUACUUGUAAUAAAGUUAAUUAAUUGAUGCCGCAAUUAGGGCCAUUUCCUAUAUUUUAUCCCACUUGGCAGCUGAAACGAUUGCCCUUUUUCCUACUUUUUGUCGGAAUCCUGUAACUAACUUUUUACUGUUUUUUUCUGUGUAAAAUGUCAAUCAUUCUUUCCCUCCACUAGUUCAUUUGCUUAGGGCUGCUUUGCGUCUUGCAUGUUAACGGUCACCUUACACUGGUAUCGGAGUGUAUCAGGUUUUCGCCAUAGGGAUAGGACUGUUUAAGGUAAGGCAGGAAACGAUGGGGAUGUGGGAGGUUCCAUCACAGAUUAUGAAAACGGUGGGCGAGGAGGUUUCCCCAUCCUUGACGGCACACAAUGGGUGUGGAAAUUAAAAAGUGGCCGUCUUAAAGGCACGCUGCACUGCCUCUGGUGAUUAGAGAGACACCUCUUCAGUUUCACACAACAAACCAGCCAGGCCUUAUUAUGAAAAGGCUGUGGGCGUGCGUGCGUUAGCUGCCUAAGUGUUCAUCUGGAAUGGAAAUCUUCCUAGCAAAACUCCCAAGUCACUUAUCAGCCAUGCUGUAAUGUAAGGUAAUGCUAUCAGUUGUAUCUUGGUAUGCUGUUUGGGCUCUCUACUUGAGGACAUUGUUAAUACAAUUGGUCUUAUAACGGCACGUUAUUCAAACAUUCUUAACAAAACCACUUUUGUGUAAAUCUGUUUUCAUUAGCGCCCGGCCAUUCGCUCUCCGUUUUUCUCGCUGUCAAAAAAUCCCUCCCUAUUGUCCAUGUUAAUUGCUUUGCAGAUUAACAGAUAAACACGGCAAUCUCUCACUUAUUUUUUUUAGCGGGGAUGUGUAUGGAUUUUUUGCGGGGGAAUUGUGUAUUAUUGAAAAAAAAUGGUCAGCUAGUUCCACUUAAAAAGCUACAUUUUUAAGAAUGUUCUUUAGUGUCUUUGCAAAAGGUUAUACUCUUUUUUUUCCAUUUUUGCUCCUUUUCGGUCAGUUAAGGACCCUUGUUUGUAGUCCUAACAGAUGAGCGGUCUAUUUUUCCUUGCAUGUCAUUCUCACCCUAUUCAUAAUCAUAUUAAGAUUAAGAUCACUUUAUUGGUUAAUUGUACACAAGGUCCAACCAAAAUUUGACUUACGCUUUUAACCCAACCUUGCCGAAAGCCACACACACACAUACUCCUACAGGUUUUGGAGAGGUGCGGUGGGAUGUCACACUGGACGCCCGGGGAGCUGCUGUUGUGGGUGGUUAAGUGCCUUGCUCAAGGGCACAACGGCAGGAAAUGGCAUGUAGGAUUUGAUACCAGCAUCCCUCCGGUUGCCAGCUCACUUCCCGACAGAUUUUUCCAGUUGGACCCAGGAUUCGAACUGUCAAACUUCUGGUUGCUGGCUCGCCACCCUAACCACCAGGCUACCUGCUGCCCCAGUACAUUAUAUAUACAGUAUGUCCAGACUUGACAUUUGAUACAAGGCAAAGGUCACCAAAGACCAAGGAGCUCUAGCGAAGCUAGGCUAAUUGUAGCUAGUGUUUUGGGCAGUUCUAGUAUAGUUUGUUUUUAACCGUUGAUUGAGCUCCACAUCUUUCGAUAUGGGUCAUUUUAUUUAGCAAAGGUUGGACCACACGUCUUUUUGAAUGUAGGUGAAAGUAACGGACCCCAGACGCGUCAAUAAGUCAAUUUAACCAAGUACAAGUCAAGUUGCAAGUUUUGGAGCACGAGUCAGUCCGGUGGCAAGUUUCUCUCCUCUCUUACCUAAGUUGGUAUGUUAGUAUUACAGAGCUGCAUAUUUCCACACAGGUUACCAUUGCAACCAGAGUAAGAGUUGUGUUCUGUUCCUGUCCACAUCACCAGACAGUAAUAACACUCACAUCUGGCUAAUGAGCUUUGUGUUGGAGGAGAAAGAUUUCUCUAUCCCUUUUUUCCCCUUCCUUUCUCCUCUCCUCCUCCUCUUCCUUCCCUCAGUAUGUGACGUACGUUUUUUUCCGUCAAGGGUUGGUCAGGUGCAUGGUGGUUUGGCUACUAGAUGACUACUGUACACAGGUGGAGGUUUCUAUAGUGUUAUUGUAGCUAUAACCUUCAUUCAUUGUGUUCUUGUGACUGCUUCAAAUUAUUUUCUAACCGUGGGUGGCCUCCUAGCACAGUGAUGUAAGUUGACAUUGAAAGAAAGGAUAAAUGUUUUCAACAAGGUUAUCCCAUGUCCAUUAUACGCUGAGUGCACAAAACAUUAGGAACACCUUCCUAAUAUUGAGUUGCACCCCCUUUUGCCCUAAGAACAGCCUCAAUUCGUCGGGGCAUGGACUACAAGGUGUCGAAAGCGUUCCACAGGGAAGCUGGCCCAUGUCCUGUGCGUGGUGGACCAUUCUUGAUACACAUGGGAAACUGUUGGCCAUGAAAAACCCAGCAGCUUGACACACUCAAACCAAUGCACCUAGCACCUACUACCAUACCCCGUUCAAAAGCACUUAAAUCUUUUGUCUUGCCCAUUCACCCACUGAAUGGCACACAUAUACAAUCCAUGUCUCAAGGCUUAAAAAUCCAACCUGUCUCCUCCCCUUGAUCUACACUGAUUGAAGUGGGUUUAACAGGUGACAUCAAUAAGGGAUCAUAGCUUUCACCUGGUCAGUCUGUCAAUGAAAGAGGUGUUCCUAAUAUUUUAUACACUCAGUGUAAAUGCACUCAACAGGAAAAAGUCAACUUGGCGUAUCGAUCGCGUCUUAUCUUUUUGAAAAACUCUGCUAUCUAGCAACUCUGCAAGUCUCGUUUAAAAAGUCACCAAGGCUCGAGCCCAAUACCAAAUUUUCAUAAAGGUUGCGACCUUAAGUUAAUGAGGAAGGGGGGGGUUGAUUAUGUGUGCCCACGAGUGGUGGUAUCGAGUUAGACCACUUGGCUGUCGCUAAAUCACGCCCAAGUCGCGUGUGUGCUGAUUACAGUAUGGUCAAGGUUGAGCCUCCUACACCGCUCUAUGCAGGUUAUAAAUAUUCAUACUCCAGCGCCCACACACUGGCUAUCUCAGCCUAAUAGCCUGCUUAAAGAUGACUAGAGAGAGAGGUAUAAAACACCUGGCAACAUAUCAUUCUCCCUCUAAAAUGGCUUCCGUGGUCUUCAUCAUCAAAUGGGAAGUGAUCGGUUAUUCUUGUGAUUAAAUUACAGGCGAAGAUGGGGGAGUGAAUCUGUGAAAUUAAUAGAUUGACGGUUUUGCACGAGACAGCGGCUACUACGGUAGUUUAUCUUUUUGAAGGUGUUGGAAAAAGUGCGGCUGCAGCGUCGUGGUGAGUGUGAGGCGUGCAGAAGUGGUAAUGUUGCAGAUUAUGCCCUCUAUGCGGGUCCCGGGGUUAAUGAAACGUCUGAUGAAACGCAAUUUGCAUCCCGUCUAUUAUCUCUCUCCUUUCUAGAUUUUCUUUCUCACCGGGGUUUAGGGGUUGGGAGGAAAAACAUCUAAAAAAUAUGAUGAGUUUUUAAUCUCUUUAACAUUUACAUGUCCUACUCAGGAUUGACACGGGGGCUCUGUUGAUCUGGAAGUGUCUGUGACCCCCGCCUGGCCGAUGGAGGGCCCGAAGGACCCUUGACGUGUUUAUCCUAUCAGAACCCGUUCUACGGCUGACACCCUUGGAGUGGGGAAGUACGGGGAGAACAUGGAGGAGGAUGAUGAUGAGGGUUGUAAUUGCAGACCUACGCAGUUUGGUCCAUAGUCUUCACAAAAUUGUGUAAGACCACAAUAACUGUUGAGUCAGGCCAAACGCUAUAUACAGUGCCUUCGGAAAGUAUUCAGACCACUUGACUUUUUCCACAUUUUGUUACGUUACAGCCUUAUUCUAAAAUUGAUUCAAUUGUUUUUUCCCCCUCAUCAAUCUACACACAAUACCCCAUAAUGACAAAGCAAAAACUGGUUUCUUUACAUUUUUGCAAAUUUAAAAAAUAAAUAAAACGGAAAUAUAACAUUUACAUAAGUAUUCAGACCAUUUACGGAGUACUUUGUUGAAGCACCUUUUGGCAGCGAUUACAGCAUCGAGUCUUCUUGGGUAUGACGCUACAAGCUUGGCACACCUGUAUUUGGGGAGUUUCUCCCAUUCUUCUCUGCAGAUCCUCUCAAGCUCUGUCAGGUUGGAUGGGGAGUGUUGCUGCACAGCUAUUUUCAGGUCUCUCCAGAGAAGUUUGAUCGGGUUCAAGUCUGGGCUCUGGCACCACUCAAGGACUUGUCCUGUAGGAAGGUCAACCUUCGCCCCAGUCUCAGGUCCUGAGCGCUCAGGAGCAGGAUUUCAUCAAGGAUCUCUCUGUAAUUUUUUCCAUUAAUCUUUGCCUCGAUCCUGACUAGUCUCCCAGUCCCUGCCGGUGAAAAACAUCCCCACAGCAUGAUGCUGCCACCACCAUGCUUCACUGUAGGGAUUGUGCCAGGUUUCUUCCAGACGUGACGCUUGGCAUUCAGGCCAGAUAAUCUUGUUUCUCAUGGUCUGAGAGUGUUUUGGCAAACUCCAAGCGGGCUUUCAUGUGCCUUUUUUAUUGAGGAGUGGCUUCCUUCUGGCCACUCUACCAUAAAGGCCUGAUUGGUGGAGUGCUGCAGAGAUGGUUGUCCUUCUGGAAGGUUCUCCCAUCUCCUCAGAGGAACUCUGGAUCUCUGUCAGAGUGACCAUCGGGUUCUUGGUCACCUCCCUGACCAAGGCCCUUCUCCCCCGAUUGCUCAGUUUGGUCGGGCGGCCGGCCAUCUCUAGGAAGAGUGUUGGUGGCUGUAAAAUGGAUUCCAGUCAAUACCGAUUACACAGAAGGUUUACUCUCUAGUCUUCUAACACUCUCUCAGCCUGCUUCAGCUAAUGUGUUGGUUGCUGUCACCAGUUAGCUCUACAGGUAGUGUUUCUGAUGUAUUCCUGGUGACAGAGCUGUGCUGGGCCUACUCUCUAUCAGGAUCAAUUGAAGUGAUUGCAGCCAUUUGUUUUACCAUGUUGUCAAACUUUCUCAACUGAUUAGCGUCAUGCACUAUUUGCCACGUGUUGUUUUUCACAGGAGAUGACAACAUUCCCUUUGCAUUAUCUCUCCAAGUUUCUACAGACUGCUCUCUGUCCACCCUCCUAUAUACUCUUUAUUCUUUCUGUUGUCUGAAAUAAGGUUGGAGAGAGGGAGGGAGGGAGAGGAAGGAAAAGAGAUGUAAGGAGAGGGAGGUGGUUAGACAGAGAGAAGGAGAAAAUGAGAGAGCGAGAGAAAUAGGUUUGACCUUACUUGCAGCAGGCUGGUACUCCAGAGUGAUACCUGUGGAGCUCUUUUCUGUUUUAAGGGCAGUAUCUUUAAUUCACUUAUCAAAUAUCAGCGUCCCGGAGAGAUGGUACAUGGAGGAGGGUUUUCCAUUACCCUCAACCCACUGUUUGAUUAAUGCCAUGCCAGCUCCUGCCGUGAAAUAUGGUAUUGGGCCCGGGCAUCUUCACGGUAACAAACCGCUAUCUAUUCUUGGCCUUGAUGAGAAGCGGCAGUAUAACAUACUUAGACCCUCCUUUGACACUUUCUUUCGGAAGGAUUCUAGCCUAUGUUUUUACUGAUGGGACAAUCAGUAGAUGGCACAGGAAAGACCGGAGGGGAGGGUGUGGACAUCCUUGUUGAUACUCAAAGGGAACAUAAAGGUUCCCAUUGACUAAAAAGGCCCCAUUUUAUAAAAUUAUUGUAACAGAGCUGCAAAAGCAUGCUUGUCUAUUUUAAUGUCAUUUUUGAUAGUGUCAAUCCGGUCUGAGAUAAUGACUCACCUGAAGCAAGGAGGGGUCUUAGUAAUGAGUCAGGUUGAUUAUGCACUAGUUGGCUAACGCAGGGAAGGACACCUGCUUGUGCCUGGGCUCUGUUAGCCUGAGAGUUUAAUUAACUCAGCAGAGACUGAGACUACUCCGCACACACGCACGGGAGCACCAUGCCAAGGACAUCUCUCAAGUGAAGCUGACUGAAUCCAGGUCCAGGGAAUAGAAGAGUGGGGUUUCAUCCCUAAUUUUCCUCCCUCCUACACUCAUCCCUCUAUCCCUGUCCUUUCCCCUCCCUCUUUCCUCUAUCCCCCAUUAGAGGGGAUCUUUAUUUUAGAUCCUUCUCAGGACCGAGGAGGGGAGGGGAGGGGGGGGGGGUGUGAUACCCAGCAGACUAGAAGCUGGGCUGUAACAAGCUCCAGUCACAAACAGUCUAUAAGGGCUUUCCUGCUCUGCUCUACAGUGUGUUAGAGAUUAUAGGUGUUCCACUUGUUUGGCGAAUGUGUGUGUGUCUGUCUGUUCUUCACCGCUACACUGUGACCGGGUCUACCUGAUAAUAAUAGGCUCUCUGACAAUGGCGAUUAUCCCAUCUCUCUGUAAUGCGCCAGUCUCACUUGAGUCAUCUGUAAGCACACACCCCUCUCUCUCUCUCUCUCUCUCUCUCCAAGCACUGCAGUGUUGCUACUGCACCGACGCACCGCAUGGCACUUCUGCCUUCAGAGCACGUCUUGGCCUCUUAGCUCGCCCCACGUCUUACUUUCAUGCUUAAUUACCUGCCAAGAUAGGACCAAGAAGACACACGGUCAAACACGCCAUGACACCAGUGACAUAAAUACAAGGAGUUUGGGAGAUUGGGGGAAAGUAAAGCAAUAACAAAUUGUGUGGGGAGGUUGUGUGUGAGUAUGUGAUGAGGUUUUUUAUAGCGCAGGUGAUUAGUGCUGCGUGGCAGAUCUAACUCUCCUCUCCUCUGGCUGUAUAGCCCUCCUCUACUCUGGCUGUAUAGCCCUCCCUCCCCUCCUCUGGCUGUAUAGCCCUCCCUCCCCUCCUCUGGCUGUAUAGCCCUCCCUUCCCCUCCUCUGGCUGUAUAGCCCUCCCUUCCCCUCCUCUGGCUGUAUAGCCCUCCCUUCCCCUCCUCUGGCUGUAUAGCCCUCCUUUCCCCUCCUCUGGCUGUAUAGCCCUCCCUUCCCCUCCUCUGGCUGUAUAGCCCUCCCUUCCCCUCCUCUGGCUGUAUAGCCCUCCCUUCCCCUCCUCUGGCUGUAUAGCCCUCCCUUCCCCUCCUCUGGCUGUAUAGCCCUCCCUUCCCCUCCUCUGGCUGUAUAGCCCUCCCUUCCCCUCCUCUGGCUGUAUAGCCCUCCCUUCCCCUCCUCUGGCUGUAUAGCCCUCCUCUCCCCUCCUCUGGCUGUAUAGCCCUCCCUUCCCCUCCUCUGGCUGUAUAGCCCUCCCUUCCCCUCCUCUGGCUGUAUAGCCCUCCCUUCCCCUCCUCUGGCUGUAUAGCCCUCCCUUCCCCUCCUCUGGCUGUAUAGCUCAUAAGGCAAGAGAGCCUGAGGGGCAAGAGACCAGUCCCACCUCACUACUCUCACAGCACUCACACACCAUGUUUUAUUGCCCACAGCAAGUCAACACACACAGGCACAUCAUACAGUGCAUGUCUCACACACACACACUGGUUCACAGUGCCUCACCCUGGCCUAUCUGUCUGUCUCUCCAAUAGUUGAUGAAGAGGAGCUGAGGAAGAAGAUCACUGAGGAUCUGCAGAAAGGCCUGUUGAAGGAGAGGGCAAAGGCUGAGCAGGAGCUGCAAGCA